UCUUUAAUUGAGGCUAAUUUUGAGAAACUUGACCUUAUCUUGAUUUCAACAGGAGCACUUGUCAAGAAAAAUGUCAAGAAUGCGACCAACAUUGUUGUCGAGCAGUAUUGUGCUGUAAUGGCGUCAAAGGUUCUAGCUUUCCGCGGAUUCUUCAAAAAAAUUGACAUGGUUGAGAGACGUAAGUAUAAAUUUAAUUCAAAGCUUGAAAAUUUUCCAAGAUGUGUACGCUAUGUCAUAAGAGAAUAUAAGCGAAACUUCUAA